UUCUCAAAGUGAAACCGGGGGCAUCGAUAAACCGCAAAAGCACACGAAAGGUCGAAUUUCAAUGAAUAUGCCAUAAAUUUGAUCGGUUGAAGCUCCCAUCAUUGGUUGGUAUAUAAGCAGACGUAAUUCAACAUUUCACUCAACAUCAAGCUCCCAUCCAUUCAGAUUCUCGUAUACGCAUUUCAGUUCAGCGUUAUUUAGUAUCAAUCUGACAAUAACAACCUAAGAUGAAAGCUAAACGUCCGACUAAAGCUCAACGAUUGUCGUCGACUACAAUCAACACACUCCCUCAAACCACAAUAGAAAACAUCCUAUGUUUUUUACCUAUUCGAGAGGCAGCACGGACAAGUAUCCUCUCAAGGGAAUGGAGGUACAAGUGGACCACAAUUCCCAAACUUGAGUUUGAUUCGUCUACUUUGUCCAAAGGAAAAAACAAAGAGAAGCUACCAUCUGACAUAGCAAGUGCACGGAAAAACAUGGACGAAAGGUGUAAACUUUUUAAUGCUAUACACCAAGUUCUGUUAAUGCGCCAGGGUCCAAUACACGAGUUCACCUUUCACUCGAACAAAAGCUACCGCUUUUAUGAACUUGAUCAAAUAAUAUUUCAUUUAUCAAGGAACCAUACUGUCAAGAAAUUAACACUUGCGCUUGAUUAUAUGUAUUCGUAUAAGUUACCCUUAUGUGCCUUCUCUAUGCAUCAGUUAAAAGACCUAGAUCUCCAUUAUGUUGUUAUUGACCAUCAACCAAUAGUCAGUGUAUUUGGUAGCCUUAGAAGCUUAUCCUUGAUAAAAGUAAAGAUCUCAACAAAAGCUCUUCUUCAUAUUUUAUCUAAUUGUCCAUCACUUAAGAGGUUCACUUUGCUAGGAUUUAUCGGUCAUAAAGAUUGCACAAUUAUUGAGCUAUUUGAUUGUCUACAUGUGAUUGAAGAUCUGACUAUCUAUGGGUAUUGUGCCCAUCAGCUUGUUCUAGACUCAGUUCCAGAAGAGCUUUCAACCUCACAAAUCCACCUCAAAUACUUUUGUUUCAAAAAAAUGUCUUUAGAUGGCAACCAUCAUUUAACUUUCCUUGCUAUUUUGCUUAAAUGUUCCCCGAACUUGGAGCACAUUGUGCUAGAGGCUGAACUGGGGUAUAAUGAUGAAAAUGAGAUAUAUUCUGGUAUAUUGGAAAAAUACUCAGAUGUUUGGAUGGAGCAUCUGAAGGAAUUGGUGAUUUAUUAUUUUAACAACUCGAAGCCUUCGAUGGAGUUUGUGAAGUUUAUCAUCUCCAGGUCUCCUAAGUUGAAGAAGGUGUUGUUGAUAAGUAGUGUGGUUCAUGAGAAGGAUGAAGAGUUGGAGAUGUUAAAAGUUCUCUUACAGGCCCCACGCGUGUCACCGGUGCAAAUCGUUGUAAAGAAGUAUGAUGAGUAGUCGUAUUGCUACUUGUUUUUCUGUGUUUUUUUCUGCUUAUAUUAGUUAGUUAUUUUGGAUGCUGGUAUUCACGAUAUCCAUAUUUGUGUUUCUAUAUAUAUUCGGUUUAUAUCUUA